AUGACUGAAUUGGAGUCAUCUGUCAUUUCGAUUAUCAGACUUUUCACACGAACUUUUGAUUGGCCACAGUGUAAAGAAUGCACGAGCUCAGGCACUUCAUGCGUCUUUGAUGCGUCCCCAAAAAAACGUGGACCAAAGCGUAAAUUACCUUUGGGUAAUGCCGAUCUUGAAAGUAACGACCCUAUGCACCAUAAAGUAAGAAUUCAAAGAAACAUCACUAUGGAGAUUCUUAUUCAAGCAUUGGACGACCCAACAAAAGAUUUAAUGAUCAAAUUACAAGAUUUGUUCAACAUGCUAGUAGGUGCUGGUUUAUAUAACUUAGAAAGUCCAACAUCAUCUGAAAAUGAAGAGGGUGCUGCGUUGCCAUUAUAUGUCAACGCAUUUUAUAACGUGCCCACUGGAAAUGAUCAAAUAGAUGCAAUAGGUUCGCAAAAUAUUGAAAUGUCAAUCAAAGACGUUGUUGACAAUUUCACAAACAAGAUAAAAGAGAUUUUAUCUAAAUU